UCGUGCUGUCCGAGGGGCGCCGGCUGCCGGAGUGGACAUGACGGUCGGCCGCGCCAGAGCUGUACUGGCCCUGGGGGUGCUCAGUGUGUGUACGGCCAGCGACGCUGGGCCCGUGGCGGAGGGGGAGGCAGGCGCGGAGGCGGAGUGGGCGGAACCUUGGGACGGCGCGGUUUUCCGGCCGCCCUCCGCGCUGGGCGCGGUGGGGGUGGCGCGCAGUCCGGGGACCCCGCGGCCAGGGAGGGAGGGGGCGGUGGACUUGCCGGUGCUGCUGUGGUGGAGCCCAGGGCUGUUUCCCCACUUCCCCGGCGACUCGGAACGCAUCGAGUGUGAGCGCGGCGCGUGCGUGGCGUCUCGGGACCGACGGGUCCGGGGAGACUCGCGGACGCGCGCGCUGCUUUUCUACGGCACCGACUUCCGCGCGUCCGACGCGCCGCUGCCGCGCCUGGCGCACCAGAGCUGGGCGCUCCUGCACGAGGAGUCGCCCCUCAACAACUUCUUGCUGAGCCACGGCCCGGGAAUCCGCCUCUUCAAUCUUACCGCCACCUUCAGCCGCCACUCGGACUACCCGCUGGCGCUGCAGUGGCUGCCCGGGCCCGCCUACCUUCGCCGUAAGGCGCCGCCUCUCCAGGAGCGCGCGGAGUGGCGGCGCCGCGGCUACGCGCCGCUGCUCUAUCUGCAGUCCCACUGCGACGUGCCCGCGGACCGGGACCGCUAUGUACGCGAGCUCAUGCGCUACAUCCCGGUGGACUCAUACGGGAAAUGCCUGAAGAAUCGAGAGCUGCCCACCGUUCGGUUACAGGACACGGCCACGGCCACCACCGAGGAUCCGGAACUCUUGGCCUUCUUGUCCCGCUAUAAGUUCCACUUGGCCCUCGAAAAUGCCAUCUGUAACGACUACAUGACAGAAAAACUGUGGCGCCCCAUGCACCUGGGUGCUGUACCCGUGUACCGCGGCUCCCCCUCUGUGAGGGAUUGGAUGCCCAACAAUCACUCCAUCAUCCUUAUUGACGAUUUCGAGUCCCCUCAGAAGCUGGCAGAGUUUAUUGACUUUCUGGACAAGAAUGAUGAGGAAUAUAUGAAAUACCUGGCAUACAAGCAACCUGGGGGCAUCACCAACCAGUUCCUUCUGGAUAGUCUGAAGCAUCGGGAGUGGGGAGUGAAUGAUCCUUUACUGCCUAACUACCUGAACGGCUUCGAGUGUUUCGUCUGUGACCAUGAACUGGCUCGGCUGGAUGCCGAGAAAGCCCACAUAGCCUCUCCUGGCGACAUCCCUGUCUCUGAGCCUCACAUUGCCCAGCCCUCACACAUGGACUGCCCAGUGCCCACACCUGGCUUUGGUAACGUGGAAGAUAUUCCUGAGAAUGACAGCUGGAAGGAGAUGUGGCUGCAAGAUUAUUGGCAAGGUCUGGACCAGGGAGAAGCUCUCACAGCCAUGAUCCACAACAAUGAAACACAGCAGAGUAAAUUUUGGGAUUACCUACAUGAGAUCUUCAUGAAAAGGAACCAGAUUCUCUAAUUGCCCUUCCAAGAGCCUUUAAUUUGGUAGAGCUAAGGAAAGCUUAUUCUACCAUGGGACAUAAAGAGCACUCACUGCACAACCCCUUAGUGAACACUGUCAUAUGGAUUCAAGAAAUUCCAGUUAUAUCCACUGAUAUUUUAUCUUGAUGUGUAGCCAAGAUCUCAGCCUGUGGUAAUAGGGCCUCUCUUCAAGGAGAGAUAGAGGCAUCCUGUCCUUGGUUCAGUGGGAAACAAAAGCCUGAAACACCCAUUUGAUUCAAGGUGCUGGACCAACAGAAUUUUUAAAGGACUGCUCACUUCUCUCGCUAUUUCAUCCUGUUUUACUUGACUACCGUAAGGUAAGAUGGGUCAGGUUAGUACUUAAAACUUCUCCUGUUCUGUUCCGCAAACCUCUCAUUCAUUAUUCGAUAUCUUUCCCAAUAAUCUCUCUUCCUCAUCUCUUGCUUUAUAAACUGUUAAUGUUAGUGGAGAAGCAAAACUGGUUGGGUUGUAUUCUGAUUUUCUGGGGUUGUAUUUUUUUUUAUGUCAUUUAAUUUGCACUUCACGUCAAACUUUUUUAUUUUACAUGGCUUAUUUUUUCUUGGUUUUAGGCCCUUUCCCACAAUUUCAGAUGGAUAUACACAAACCUUGCCAUCACUCUUACUGCUGGUUUGUUUCUUAUUUAAGUUAUAUCAGGAAUUCCUUCUCAUCUCAUGAACAGAAAGAUUCAGUGGCUAAUAUAUGCUAUGCCAAUUUAAUGUAUUGCCCUGUUCCAUUUAAGAUCAAAGAUGGAGACGAAGCCUGGAAAUGAUGGAAGAAAAAGUCACAUAUAUAUUUAAUUUAAAUAGUUUUGAAAUGAUAAAACAGGCGGAUAUGAAUUAAAGUACAAAUUUUUAUAAGUCUUUGUUCUUUUCUGUCUGCCUAAUUAACUCUUCCCUCUAUUUAUUGUUUUUCAUGCUACAAAGUCCCAUUUUCCGCAGUCAUGAAAAUUAUGGUGGAAAAAACAAUCCAGCAAUAUGCUUUAGUAAUUAUCUCAUAAGUUUGUAGCACUUUUCACCUUAAGUGCAACGAACAGUCCAACUUCAUUCACUGUAUUACUGAUAUCCUUCCAUACAACUUUAUGGUACUGAGACUACUUUUUGAUGGAUUCCGCCCAACACCCUAUGCUCAAAGGGAUGAGGAGGCGAGGCAAGAGAUUAAGCCACUACAAGUGGCUGGCUAAAUAAGCUUAGUCAGAUUUGGGGAUGUAGCCAAACGCUUCUAUUGCUGUGGUUUGAACAAACAGCCUAAUGAGCAGGAAGAACACGAGCUUUUUAUUCUGGGAUAGUGGAACAAGAAAGAAUACCUUGGACCUUAGAGUUGUAAUGUUGUAUUAAAUGAUUAUCACUAGAGAAGUACCAUAGCUUAUCAAUAUAUCUGGUUGUAAAUUUAUAUAUAUAUAGCUAGAUAGACAACAUAUAUUAGACUCUUUAACAACGAGGGUCCACUCUUAAUAUUGUGACACCUAAGGAUGUGGCCAAGAAAAGCUAAUUUAGGCUGGAUUUCAUUGCCAAGGUUGUUCUUUUUUCAUUUUAUUCUUUAAUAAAAGAUGUCCUUCGGGCCGA